AGUCGGAUUCAGUUCCUCGGCGCUCCUCCAUGUGUUUUCUCUCUCGCUCCGUCUUCUCGGUCUGUCGGUUUGUUGGUUAGUCUCCGUGUUUAUUCGGUGAACUCCUCCGCUGUUACCGGACAUGCCGGGCGGCAGCUCUUUGUUCUCCGGCUUCCGGGUUCUGGGUCUUUAUUCCAACCACGUCCCGCACGCGCUCCGGUACCACAAGAAGCACCGCGAGUUCUACGUGGUGACGUCAGUCGGUCAAUGUUUCCACACGUACAACGUGAACAGGUUGGGCAUCGUGUCCGUCAGCAACAGCCUGUCCGAUGACAUCACCUGUCUGGCGGCAGACCGGAUGUUGGUGUUCGCCGCCACCGGACGGCUCAUCACCGCCUUCGCCCGCAACAAAGAGGUGGUGAUGUGUUACCAUGGACACAAACAGGAAGUGCGCCUACUGCUCCCUUUGGGCGAUCAGCUGAUCUCGGCCGACACUGGCGGAGAUGUCAUUGUGUGGGAUGUUCAGGAAGGGGACGUCUACCUGCGGCUGCAGUUCGACCCCGCUUCCUUUGACGUGUCGGCCAUGAUGCACCCCAGCACCUACCUGAACAAGGUGCUGCUGGGAAGCUCCCAGGGUGCAUUGCAGCUCUGGAACAUCAAGACCAGUAAACUGUUGUUCACGUUUCCCGGCUGGUCGGUCGGAGUCACAGUUCUGCAGCAGAGUCCCGCAGUGGACGUAGUUGGCGUCGGCACGGCAACGGGACGCAUCAUCAUUCACAACAUCCGAUUGGACGAGACACUAAUGAGCUUUACGCAGGACUGGGGACCAAUCAGCUCGCUCGCUUUCAGAACAGACGGUCCACCUGUCUUGGCGUCCGGCAGCCCUCAGGGCCACAUUGCAUUCUGGGACCUGGAACGCCGUCAGCUGGUCACGCAGCACAGACACGCCCACAGGACCGCCAUCGCCGCGGCAACCUUCCUGCACGGCGAGCCGCUGCUGAUCACGAACGGUGCCGACAACGCCAUCAAGGUGUGGAUAUUUGACCAGGAGGGGGGGGCCCCCAGGUUGUUAAGGAGUCGUCAGGGACACAGUGCCCCGCCGACCUCCAUCCAUCACCACGGCAACGAUGGAAAAAAUAUCCUCACUGCUGGUCAGGAUGGGACGCUGCAGUCUUUCUCCACCAUACACGAACGUUUCAAUAAGAACUUGGGUCACGGCUCCAUCAACAAGAAGAAAGAGCAGAAGAAGAAGAAGGGGUUGUCCUACGAGGAGCUGCGUCUUCCUGCUAUCACAGCGUUCUCCUCUGCUGCUGCUCGUCAGUCGGACUGGGACGGCAUUGUCGCGUGUCACCGUGGUUGCCUAGCGGCCACCACUUGGAACUACCAGCGGUGCACCAUGGGAGUUCACCACCUGACGCCUCCGGCCGCUCACAAGACUGACAUCGCCACGGCCGUUGACAUCACUACCUGUGGUAACUUUGCUUUGAUUGGCACGUCCUGCGGCCGCGUCGAUGUCUACAACCUGCAGUCCGGCCAGCACCGUGGUUGCUACGGCAACGAUGGGAAAGCUCACAGCGGGGCGGUGCGAGGCGUCGCCACAGACACCCUGAAUCAGCUGACACUCACCGCAGCCUCUGAUUGGCUGCUCAAGUUCUGGCGCUUCAAGAGCAGGAAACAGGAAGACCAGCUGAAGCUACAUGCUGCGCCAGCUAGCAUGAUGCUACACAGAGACAGCGGGAUGUUAGCAUUAGCGCUGGAUGACUUCACGCUGCUGGUGGUCGACAUAGAAACCAGACGGAUCGUCAGGAAGUUUGCCGGUCACCACGGCAACAUCAACGACAUGACGUUCAGCCCCGAUGGCCGCUGGCUGAUCACCGUGGCGAUGGACUGCACCAUUCGUACCUGGGAUCUCCCCUCUGGAUUUCUCGUCGAUUGCUUCCUGGUUGCCAUGGCGCCAGUGGGUGUGUCCCUUUCGCCGACGGGCGACUUCCUGGCGACGGCUCACGUUGACAGUCUGGGCGUUUACCUCUGGACCAAUAAGAGUCUCUGUGGGCCUGUUGGGCUCCGCCCCCUCCCAGCUGACUACCAACCAUCCGAGGUGACUCUGCCAGGGGUCACUGUGGACAAGUCGGAACAGGAAGUGACAUCAGAGGGGGUUGAUGAGGGGGUUGAUGAUGCGUACGAGUCAGCUGAACAGUUGGGGGCGGAGCUUGUGACUCUGUCGCUGCAGCCGGAGUCUCGAUGGAAAAGUCUGCUGCACCUGGACAUCAUCAAAAGGAGGAAUAAACCUGUAGCUCCGCCCGCUGCUCCGGCCGCUGCUCCGUUCUUCCUGCCAACACUUCCUGGUCUCACGCCUCGAUUUACGUUGCCCACAACAACCGAAAAGGAAACGCAGUCAAAGCUGGUGAGUUGGGGUUUGAUGUCUCAGAGGUCAGAGUUCAGUUCUGAUCUGGAAUCAGCUCUCGAUUCCGGUUCAUUUGAUCGCCCGGUGCGUCUCCUGAAGGAUUGUGGGCCGGCGGCGCUGUCUGUCGAGCUCACCUGCCUGUCAUCAGAGGGGGGCGGAGCCAGCAGCCUCCUGCUCGCCUUCAUUCACAUGAUUGAAAGCAUGUUGUCGAGUGGGCGGGACUUUGACCUGGCUCAAGGCUACCUGGCGCUGUUCCUGAAGCUGCAUCUCCGCUCGUUGUCAAAGGACCCUGUUGCCAUGGCGGCGUUGCUCCGCCUCUCCUCCCGGCUGGAAGCGGGGUGGGCGGGGCUACGUUCAUCAUUUGACCAAUCGCUGUGUCUGCUGUCGUAUACCAAGAGUGCCUUACUGUGAUGCACACACACCCGCACACACAUAUUGUGUUUUAUUAAAGAGUUGUUGAUUCGUC